AUGUCAAGAAUAAUGUUACUCUUCUCUCUUUGGAUGCUGCCACUAGUAGCUGCACAGUUCAACUUCUUCGACAUGUUUGGCCAAGGACAACAGGCGAACCAGCAUCGUGCGUCUGGAGCUUCACAAUGGGCUGCUCAGGCUGAUAACAUUCCGUGUAAUGCAUACUUAUGUCCCGAUACGUUACUGUGUGUACGCAAUCCUGCAGAUUGUCCGUGUCCAAGUACGGAGGACGUGAAGUGCCUUAUCAGAGAACCGAAGGAGAAGGACGCGGCGACUGUUGUAUGCGUGCGAGGUGAGGAUGCGUGUACGGAGGUUCAGCGGCUUGCGAAUAAGUGGAAGUGA